AUGCGAAAUCCCGAUAGAGAUAACCUACCUGUGCCGACCUACCGGUGCUCUAAACUAGUACUCUCUUCGGGAGAAUAUUAUUUGGGUAAUAAACUAGAUCAUAAUAUUCUGUUCGUAACGUACGAUGACAUGGUGUUUGGAUUGGGAUAUAAUAGUAAAGGAUGUUUCGGAUUGGGUCACAACGAGUCCAUUAAGUCGCCACAAGUUAUACCAGAAUUAAGUCAUCAAAAGAUUCAUACAUUUAUUAUUGGAUAUGACUUUGUGUUGGCUAUGAAUACAGUGAAACAAAUAUAUAGUUGGGGUCACAAUAUGUGGGGACAGUUGGGUAGAGAUGUGACACAAAAAGGUAGUUAUGUAAAACCGGAGAGAAUAUCGUAUUUUGACAACAAAUAUGUCCAACAAAUCAGUUGUGGUUCCCAUCACUGUCUAGCCCUCACAUCCAGUGGACAGGUGUAUGGGUGGGGGUGUAAUAGAGAGGGACAGAUUGGUUAUGGAGACCAAAUGAAUGAUAGGAUUAGUGAACCAAUUCUAAUACAAUUCUCUAAUAACCCCAAAAUACAAAACAUUUAUUGCCAUAAUUGGUGUUCAUUUGCCAUCACUUGUGACGGCCAUGUGUUCAGUUGGGGUUAUAAUGGAUCGGGUGGUUUUGGGACAGUAUUGCGAGUGAAACACAAAUUUGAUGGACAGGUGUUUGCCGUCAAACGCAUUAAAUUUAAUGAGUUAGAUGAAAGAGAAACUCAAAAAGUAUUGAAAGAAGUGAUGAAUUUAGUGAAAGUUAAGUCACAAUAUGUCGUCAAAUAUUACCACUCAUGGCGUGAAAUCGGAUGUCUUUACAUACAAAUGGAGUUCUGUUCCCAUAGUCUGAAGAUUAUCCUUAAACUCAAACCACAAAUCAUUCACAGAGAUCUCAAACCCGAAAACAUAUUGAUUGCACACAACGUAAGGAACGGCAGGUUUUUGAAGUUAUGUGACUUCGGUUUGGCUACAGUUCACGACAAACGCAUUCAUUACAUAACAAAACACAAACACACGGCAGAUGUAGGGGACCUAAGAUAUCAGGCACCAGAAGUUGCUCAGUAUAUACCGGAAAUAAUUCACUAA